AUGACGACACGUCGUCAAGAAAACCAAGAAAGAAUCCUGCAGGGAGCCCAUCCCGACCAGAGCAGUGCACGAGGCAUCAGUCUUGUGCAAGGUCUCAUGAAUGAGGAGAAAGCAGCAGCCACUGUUGCCUCUGCAUCUUCUUCCUCCCGUGGUUCAAUGGGGGACACAGCAAGAGAAGAGCCUGGGCCUGUGAAACCAGAUUGUCCUCAGAAUCCGCAUGGUGUCUCCUCACCUCCCACUGCCAUGGCUUCUAGCGAAAGCAGUCAGUGCCACGCGGGCUCCAGCAUUCAUGAAGUGGAGGGUGCAAGUGCGUCCCAGGACAGUGAUGCCCCUCAGAUUAGGAUGCAUGCGAUUGAAAGUGAUAAAAUGCAUAUGAUUGUGCAAUUUCUGCUCAGGAAGUAUCAAAAGAAUGAGCAGUUCUCCAGGGAAGAAGUGGUGCACAUGAUUGACAACAGUGCCCAUGAUAACUUCCCUGUGAUCUUUAGGGAAAUCUGUCAGUGCAUGCAUAUGGAUUUUGGCAUUGUCAUAAAGGAAGUGGAUUCCACUGCCCACACAUAUGAGCUUGUCUCUGCUUUGGGCCUCACUUACAGUGGGAUACUGGAUGACACUGACCAGAUUGUUUGUAAAGCUGACCUCUUGAUACUUAUCCUCUGUGUGAUCUUCCUAAAGGGCAACCGAGUUAGUGAAGAGUACCUUAAGGACAUGCUGAGACAUAUUAAGGUAUUAUCUGAGAGUGCUCCCAUUGCUGUUGAGGACAUGUGGAAAUUCAUCAGAGAGGAUUUGGUUCAGGUAGAGUACCUGGUGUACCAGCAGGUUCCUCACAGUGAUCCUGCUCGUUAUGAGUUCCUGUGGGGUCCGAGGGCUCUUGCUGAAACCACUAAGAUGAAAGUACUAGAGCAUGCCAUCAUGCUGGAUGAGAAAUAUCACAGGGCUUGUGCAUACCAAUAUCGGCAGCCCUGGAGUAAGGAAAAAGACAAGUUUAGGGCCUCUGCUGGGCCAGAUGAGUGA